CCCGUGGGCGCGCCAGCCCCGCGGGGCGGCCGCCCCCUCCGCCGGCGGCGGGGCGGCGGCCAUGUUCGCGGGGCUGAUGGGCAGCGCGCCCCGCGCUCGGGGCGCGGGGCGAGGCAGGCGGGAGCAGGCGCCGCCGGCGGUCGCCGCGGACAGCCCCGCGCGCAGGCGUAAAGGCGCUGCGCCUGGCGCCGCAGGCGCUGGCGCCGCAGCCGCCUCCGCAGCCGGCGCGGAGCGGAAAACCAAGAAGGCCAAGGGCGGCAAGCGCGGCUUGCCAGCGGGGGCCAUAGCGAUGUCCGAGCAGGAAAUCGCAGCCUUCAAGGCGUGGCUGGGGCAGCGGGGCGAUCAACCGUCGGCCCGCGCCAAGUCCUCGAAGGAGGCCCCCGUCUGCGGCGGCGGCGCGGACGCCGCACCCGCCGCGGCCCCGCCGGCGCCGCGGCCCCGGGUGGGGGCCGAGUCGACGGGCGGGGCGCCCAAAGCCGCUGGCGGGCUCUCCAGGAACUGCUUGGGGGCGAG